AUGAUCGCCUUUCACCUCCACACCGUUUACCUCUCUCCUUCCCCAUGUCCCCUUCCCUGCUUCCCCCCCAUCCCUUCCGUGCUUCCCCGUGUCCCUUCCCUACUUCCGCCCAUCCCCUUCCCUGCUUCCCCCCAUCCCCUUCCCUGCCUCCCCCAACCCCCUUUCCUGCUUUCCCGUGUCCCCUUCUCUGCUUCCCCCCAUCCCCCUCCUUGCUUCCCCAUGUCCCUUUCCCUGAUUCCCCCCAUCUCCUUCCCUUAUAUUCCCCCAUCCCCUUCCCUGCUUCCCCCCAUCCCCUUCCCUGCUUCCCCCCAUCCCCUUCCCUGCUUCCCCCCAUCCUCUCCCUGCUUCCCCCCAUCCCCGUCCCUGCUUCCCCCCAUCCCCUACCUGCUUUCCCCCCAUCCCCUUCCCUGCUUCCCCCCAUCCCCUUCCCUGCUUCCCCCCAUCCCCUUCCCUGCUUCCCCCCAUCCCCUUCCCUGCUUCCCCCCAUCCCCUUCCCUGCUUCCCCCCAUCCCCUUCCCUGCUUCCCCCCAUCCCCUUCCCUGCUUCCCCCCAUCCCCUUCCCUGCUUCCCCCCAUCCCCUUCCCUGCUUCCCCCCAUCCCCUUCCCUGCUUCCCCCCAUCCCCUUCCCUGCUUCCCCCCAUCCCCUUCCCUGCUUCCCCCCAUCCCCUUCCCUGCUUCCCCCCAUCCCCUUCCCUGCUUCCCCCCAUCCCCUUCCCUGCUUCCCCCCAUCCUCUUCCUGCUUCCCCCCAUCCCCUUCCCUGCUUCCCCCCAUCCCCUUCCCUGCUUCCCCCCAUCCCCUUCCCUGCUUCCCCCCAUCCCCUUCCCUGCUUCCCCCCAUCCCCUUCCCUGCUUUUCCCCAUCCCUUCCCUGCUUUCCCCCAUCCCCUUCCCUGCUUUCCCAUGUGCAUUUCGACAUACCAACGCAGGCCCUAUCGCUCUUCCACUCACUAUACUCUCUCCCCAUUCCCUCCCCCUUUGCUCCUCUUCUUCUGCGCGGCAGGCCAUCGAAGCACCAAAUCCAGCAGAUCUUUGA